AUGUCCCUUCAGAGGCCUCGUCUGUUGGAUGUCGUCCCAACUAUUCAGCAUGCGGCUGCUCUGGCGCUUGGAAGGCCUGCCAACUACAACGAUGACCUGUCUGAGGCACUGGGAAAGGGAGACGUGCUGCCUCAGCCUGCAAGGUUCUUCUGCAGGAGAGAAGCCUAUAUAGCCUCUGUGGUGAUUUUUUUUUUCUUUCUUCCUUUUUUUUUUUUACUUCUGCUAAUCUCAAUUUUUUCCCCAGUUAUUUGGAUCUACACUGAGAAACAAGCUUAUACCACAAGAGAAGAUAUUAAAUUCCUGGCUAUGACUGAAGAGCCUGACCCACUCGAGUUUCACUGGCAUUUUGGGGACAAAACAACAAUUAGAACUCCAUCCAGGACAUUCAUUAAGAAAUACCUCCAUCCAGACAGGUACAAUGUUACGGUCAGCAUGUCCAGCAGCCUUGGCUCUGUUAGCUCUGACGUUUAUACUAUAGUGAUUCAAAGAGCUGUGCGUCUCAACAGACUUCGGUACACUCGCUCAGUAUUGCUGAAUACAACAGUGACUUUUAGCUGCAGAAUCAAUGCUGGAACAGGCGUCACUUAUCUCUGGGAUUUUGGAGAUGGAACGCAAAGAGUUGGACAGGACACUGAGCAUCAUGUGUUUAACAGUACAGGGGAGUUCAUAGUAGAAGUGAUUGUCUACAACCUCGUGAGCUCGGCCUCUUUAAAAGGACACGUGUUUGUCGUUCUUGAGCCAUGCCAACCUCCACCUGUAAAGAACAUGGGACCCAGCAAGAUCCAGGUGUGGCGUUACCAGCCUGUGUGUCUUGGUGUGACGUAUGAAGAGCAGAUCCAGUGCAACACUUCCAAAGGUCUCCACUACAGCUGGACUCUCUAUGGACCAACUGGACUGCAACUCUCAACCACAGGCAUCAAAACAAACCAACAACAUCUGGAGCUUCCAGAGUACCUCCUUCAUUAUGGCACAUAUAGAGCAGUAGCUAAGGUUCAAGUUGUAGGCAGCAUAGUUUACAGCACCUACAGUGUUCUGAUCGAGGUGAUGCCUAGCGCACUUGUGAGCAUCAUCAGUGGAGGCACAAAUGUGUUUAUCAACCGCCACAACAGCAACUCAAACAUCACUGUGGAUGGACAUAGAUCAUAUGACCCAGAUUUUCCUGAUAACAUUAUGAGUUACAGGUGGAAAUGCAGGCCGGUAAACACGGCCGAGACCUCCUGUUUCUCCAGGCAUGUUCCCGUUUCCUCUGCAUUGCUGAUGUUUCCUGCAAGUGCACUGAACUCUAACUGUGAUCUCUUCAAGUUGACACUUACCGUACAAAGUGGAAAUCGGUCCUCUUCAUCCGAGAUGUUCAUCACCAUGAGCUCCAAACCAACCAGCAUCAUUCAUGUAUCUUGCAAAGAGUGCAGAGGAAAUUCAGUCAACUGGAACGAGAGGUUCUCUGUCACAGCUGCAUGUGAAAGCUGUCCUAUAAAUGUCACCUACUUCUGGAAGCUGUAUUUAGUAAACGCAUCUAGCAAAAGCACACCAGAUGUACCUUUCUGUGGCAGUUUGGACAUAAGCUUACCUUCUAAACUGGAGGAGGACACACUUUUCUUUCAAGAGCCUGCCAAUACUGCGUCUCUGUCCAUCCUAAAUCAGAAAGAAACAUCAGGCAAUGAAAUUAAGAUGACACGUGACAGUGUUGUCAGUUGGCGCAGAUGGGGGCGUUCAGUGGAGCACCAGAAUCCAUCCCUUUUAGACCUGCUGUCAGUGACAGACAGUGCAUCAGCUGAAACGGGUUCAGGUGAUAUGAAUGAGAUGGAUUUUGCUCUGUUCCACCUUCCUGUUCCAACAGAAGAUAAAAACCCCAGAGUGAAGGAUUUUGUAGCUGAAUAUCCUGAUGAGCACGGAUAUCUAGACUAUGAGGACUUUUAUUCUGGAAUAAAGGAAGCAGACUCAGGGGUUUCAGUAGGCCGACCAACUGGACCCCACAAUUUAGACGACGUGAUUUCUCAUUCAAGCGAAUAUGAUGGUGAUAACCUGGUAGGUCCUGGCAGCCUCGGCCAUGUGGUGUCUGAGAAAACCCUGCUGGAUCUUCACAGAGAGCUCAUCCAGCCUGCACUCUUUGAGUCUUUCACCUCCACAGGAAUAUCCUCAUCUGUUAUUACAUUUAAACCCAUGAUGCUAAAGCCGAAAAGUCUUUACAUGCUGGAGGUCUCUGCAAGUUCUGAGCAGGUUCUGCAGGGAAAGACCCAGCUGUUCUUCUCCACAUACCCUGCUCCUGAGGGAAUGGUGUGCCAUGUGCAGCCCAGCUCAGGUUUUGAGGUCCACACACACUUCAGCGUCUUCUGCACUUCAGGAAAAGAGGAUCUCUUGUAUGAAUAUAGCUUUCGUGUGGGAAACUCAACAAAAAAACUCCUCUAUAAGGGCAGAGAUUACCAGCACUAUUUUUAUCUUCCAUCUGGGCAUCCAUACGAUGAUUACAAAGUCACCAUCUACAUUACAAUUGGGAACAGAUUCGGAGCAUCUACCAAGCCAUGUCCUGUGAAUGUCAAAGUUUGGCCGAGCUUCAAGAGAAAUUCAAUGCCUUUCUCCAAUCCAGAUCAGGAAUUGUUUGUGUAUGGUCUGAGUAAUCUAACCAACCUAAUACAGAUGAAGAACACCCAAGACAUCAUUAAUUACAUCUUUUUCCUGACUGCCACAUUGAACCGCUUGAGUUUAGACCCAGAAUCUUGUGUAAAACUACAGACACAAACACGAGCUGCUCUGAUUUCAGCAAUUUGUCAGCUGGAUGCCACAAACCAGGAACUGCUGUUUGAUAUCCUUCACACUCUUGUAGAUCUUAUGAAAGUUUCAAAUCAAGUGACUUUUGACAGUGCAAUACUGGUGACAAAAUAUAUUCAAAAUCUUUCCUCCCUUCGUGAGUCCAACUUAUUGGACGUGUGGGUGUUGAAAGCUCUCAUACGCAUCCUCUCGUAUAUUCUGGAAGCUCAGAUUCCUUCUUCAAGGUUAACACUUGACGUUCUUCACAUCACUACAGACUCAGUGUUGACGUAUCUGGUGUCCAGCAGAGAGCCUCAGUUCAGUGUGAAUACCACAUUCAUAAAACUGGUGGCGUGGCAGAAUUGUGAUUUCCCAAUCACAAGAAAAAAUGUUGAUUUGACCACAUUUCAUAUUCCUCAUAUGCCAGUGAUUAAACACACAAGCAGGGAUUAUGAUCAAAAAUCCUGCUUCAUCACUCUAAUCAUAUCCUAUAGGCAGACUCCAUAUCACUGGGCUAGGACUCCACUACAGGUGAACGGACAUGUUGCUGACAUGAAACUCUUCAACUGCAGCACCAGAAGAGAAAUCAAAAUGAGGCACUUGUCCACUCCAAUCAUCAUUGAGUUCCAGAAGCAAGAAGAGAGAAAUAGCACAGAUGUGGAGUUCACACUCACACGCUCUGAAGUGAAUACUCAUCAGUUCAACAUAACAGCUGAGCUCCUGAAGAAGGCUGUGCAGAUUAGAGUGGAGUUCAGAAGGCCAUCAAGACGUGUUUUCCCCAUCCUGCUGCUCUUCAGAAUGCACCAAAGACCAACACCUUCUUUGUACAAUGUACGUAAGGUCUAUCAUUGGAAAGGACAGGUGGCUCAGAUCUUUCUACCCGCUUCAUCUCUGAAAGAUCCUGGGAUUGCAUAUCUGAUGCUCCUCAAUGCUGACUACGAUAAAAGUGCUAGAAAUAAAUACAUAGCAGACGAAGUGGACUACACACUGAGUAUUGAUUCCACUCAAUGUUUAGUUUGGGAUGGUGUGAAAGAUUGGAGAUCUGAUGGAUGUUCUGUGCUGCAGAGUUUCACCUCAACCAAAGUCAACUGCAGUUACAACCAGCUGUCAUCAUUCACUGUUGCACAUCAGAUGAUCCAAAGCAUUCACAGUCUUUCAGACAUCACUGAGUACAUGAGCAUCCGGGCCAACCCAAUGGUGUGUAUUGUAAUAGUGGUAUUAGUGGCCCUCUACACUGUGCUGUUGGUGUUUUGUAAACAUGCUGAUGUUCAGGUGGAAAAGAAUUUGGGAACAUUCCUCCUGCCAGACAACAAUCCUUCAGACCAGUUCCUCUAUGCUGUUACUAUUGACACAGGCCUCAGAUCAAGGGCUAGAAUGACAGCAAAGGUUCACAUAGUUCUGUAUGGUGAGAAAGGCGUAUCUCAGACAAGAGAGCUCAGCAAUCCUGACCACACACUCUUCACCCGCAAUUCCAGGACAACCUUUAUUCUGAGCUCAGCUCAGAGUCUGGGCCAAAUAUGGCAGGUGUGUGUGUGGCACGAUGGUGGAGGUAUGUCUCCCAGUUGGUUUCUGAAUCAUGUGAUGGUGAAGGACAUAGUAGAUGGAUCAAGUUGGACCUUUCUGGCGCAGUGCUGGUUGGCAGUAGAUGAAGGAGAUGGACGAGUGGAGCGAAAGCUGCUCGCUUUAAACAGACAGCUCACAUUCAGAGAGUUGCUGCAUCUGAAUCUUAGUGAUUGCUUAGAGGACCUCCACCCAUGGCUGUCUGUGUACAGUCGGCCAUCUUACAGCACGCAUACACACACUCAGCGACUGAGUGUAUGUUUCCUGCUGCUGCAGGCUUACAUGUGUGCUAACUGCAUACUUACAUACUUACAAGAAGACCAGUGCUGGCUGGAGUCAGGCCUGAUCGGUGUUUCACUGCUCUCAGUGUGGACAGGACUGUGUGCACUUACUCUGCUGCCUUUAGGCUUUCUUGUGUCCUUCCUCUUCCGCAUCUGCAAGAUAAACAAAAAUGGCAGCCAUUCAGGGGAUCAGUAUAAAGUCAGAAUCCCUCACAUCUUCUCUUUAGAAGAUGAUCGGGAUGCAUUUCUGUUGAGGGAUAGUGUGUCUGAGCUGAACGUUUCAUGGAGCAGAGUUUCGCCGUGGAAAAAUAAAAGUGAGGUUUUGAAGGCAUGUGAUUUGGAGUCUAUGUCCUGCAGCAAACUGCCAGAAAGCUCAGCACUGCAGAAAGCCACUGACUCUAUCUCUUGUAUUGAAAUUAUUGAAGAAAAUAUUCCUGAUGACAAUGACAAAUUACAGAGCGAACUCUUCAAAAACACUCAAUUCAACCUCCAAGCUAGUUCUCUUGCAGUAAAUAGUUUCCCAAAGAACAGUGUUUCUAGAAGAAGCAGAACUCUGCAAGCUUGGUGCUACUAUGGGACAUGGGCGCUGUGGCUGUGUUUGUGCGUCACUUGUGUAAUCAUUACUGGAAUUCUGGGGCUGAAAUUCAGCUCUACAAAGUGUCUCCUGUGGAUUCACUCAGUAUUUUUCUCUCUGCUUUUCUGUGCUUUUGCUGCACACCCAGCAAUGAUAUUUAUUGUUGCGGUAUCUGUAACUCUGCGACAUGGAGAUCAAGGCUAUUUUUGCAAAAACUCAGCUGAUGAUGAACCCAUCAUAGAGCUGCUGAAAAAUAGCAGACAAAAUGGAGCCUGUGUGAAGAAGCAGCCCUUAUCCAGCUCAUAUCAUCCCACAGAGGAGAUCAGUAUGAAUUUUGAAAAGGUGCUGGCAGCUCGUCAGAGAGCCAGAUAUCUGCGGCUUGCACGUCCACCUACUUCCACUGAGCUUCAAAGUGUGAGGAGUCAAAUUAAAAAGAGGACACUUCUUCAGAAAACAAUAAGAGAACUGGUGUUUUACAUGUUUGCCUCAUCUAUAGUUGGCUUUGUGGCUUACGGAAAAUCCUCUAACGAUAAGUUCCUUCUGAAUCAGGCAGUCAGAGCUCGCUUCACUGGGAGUCCUUCAAUCCAGAAGCUUGAUGACUGGUGGAACUGGACAGCAAACACACUUCUACAUGAGCUGUACCUUUAUUCCCAUGAUUAUAAUGGGUUGGAAGACAAAGUGAAAACUGUCUCUUUAAUUGGAGAACCAGUCAUUAUGAAGAUGGAAGGUACACACAAUUCAUCAUGUCAGUCUUCCUCUGGAGCUCUAGCUUCUGUUUUUAAUAUGUUCACUGAACCUCACCGAUGUGGGAAACUCAGGUGUUAUGAGGGAGCAGGAUUUAAUGUCUCCUUAGGAAAAAACAGGUCUGAAGCAUCCAUCAGGCUUAAGAAACUGUGGACUUCAGGCUGGAUGGGCAGCUCCACCCAUGCCGUAAUGCUACAGUUCACUGUAUACAGCCCUGUUUACAACCUCUUUACCACGGUCACCAUGCUCGGAGAAAUGUCAUGCAUGGGAGCUGUUCUAUCCUCAGUCUUCAUUUACUCUACCAGACUUCAUCACUCCGCCUCUGCCCUUGAUUACUGCACUACAGCUGCAGAGCUUCUCCUGCUCCUCCUCACUCUGCUUCAACUCUACUUUCAAACAUAUGUCAUCGCUCAGAGAGGACGGCGUUACUGGACAGACCUGUGGAAAUGGAUAGAAGUGAUUGUAGUCCUGCUCAGUCUUCUGUGCUUCGUCUGCUCAGUGCAUCACUUCACACUGAUCGCAGAUACAAUGGAACAUCUGCAAAGAGAAGAUUUCAAGACAUUUGUUGACUUCAGUCCUGCUUCCUCUUGGGAACAGUGCACUCAUUCACUUUAUGGGCUCCUUAUGUUCAUUCUUCUGAUCAAAUGUUGCUCCUUGCUACGCCUAAAUGAAGCCAUGACCACGGCUGUAUCUACAGUGAUAGUCAUCUUCUCCAGCCUGCUUUGGCCUCUGGUAACUGGUGUGAUCCUUGUUUUUGCUUUCUCCUCCCUGGGGAAACUUCUCACCUUACCAAAAUCAGUUUAUUCUGUUAUCACACAUGGGUUUGGCAUUAGAAAGCUUGGUGAUCUGCACAAAAAUCAGGCAUCUUGGAUGCUUUGCUGCUACGGAGCAUUAAUCUGCGUAGUGUCUUUUGCAGUGAAAGCAAUGAUAACAGGUGUACUCAGUUCAGCUGUGAAAAGGGCAAAACAUAAAAGGAGAAAACAUCAUCUGUCUAUCUCUGAGCUCUGCACUUAUAUCCGGGAUAUGGCUCUGGCACUUGUUGGCAAAGGCAGGCAGAAAUGGACUGUUCAUACCAACAGUAAUAAUUUUGUCCUGGAAGAAUUUGAAGAUCUCGUUGAUGAGCUCCUGCUCAAGCUCAAUGUCAUUUCCAGUAGCAAUGAAGAACAGGACAACUAUGAGGACCAGAGUCCUCUCCAAUCAGCAUAUGACUACAGCUCAGAGGUUGGUGAUGAAAACAAAAUGGAGGACAUGGAAAUAAUGCCAAGUGUGUGUUGUGAAUUUUUAUACCCUUAUGAGGAAAGCAGUCUCAGGUCACUGCUUGAAUGGAACACCCUGCAGCGCUUUAGACGAAGUGGGGAAACAAUCCGUGACUGGGCAUUUUACGCAGAUCAAAAAGCUCAUCAGAACAUCUCCACAUCCCCUGUACAGAAGUUAAAGGACUCUGAAACUUCUCUCUGCAUACAUCGAACCCUCAGUGUUUAUACUGAAGGCAGUGAGAGGCUAAAGGCAGAUAGAUCAGAAAUAUAUAAGCUGACCAGGAAGGACAAUGACUGUGAUAAUACAAUCCCAAAUAAAGCUUUCAGCUCACAACUCCCUAUAGGUUUCAUCUCCCCGACUGAGAAUCUGACAAACCAUCUAUCUCACAGAGAGUCAUGUAGGCAGUUCUGUUUGUAUGAAUCUCAUGUACAGAAACAAGUAAAACAGGAUGAAGAGGAAAAUGUAGGUAUUCCAGGUCAGUGCUGUUGAAGAAAAUUUGAAUGUUAUUAUUCAGAAUUUGCAUUAUGAAAAAUUUUCUCCAAUUUUUUGAUAUAGUGGAUAACAAAUACAAAAUAUGUAUCACAAUAUUUAGGUUUGUUGUGUUGCAUUAAAAAACUGUAAAAGCUUACAG